CAACUGUAGUAACUAUUUCUGGUUGGCUUUUAUUUUUUUAUUUUAGUAUUUUGUGAUAGCUGCAGCUCCUUUGUUAGCAUAUACAGUAGUGAACUUUUCUGAAUUUCAAAAACCCAAAAAAAAACAAAAAUGAGUAGUGAACUUUUCUUAGUGCUUACUACUGAAGGGGAAUGUUAUGAUUGCUAUAAUGCGUUAGGAUACCUAGAUUUGAUGUUUGUUUACCAUAGAUGACAAGGUUCUUAUUUUCUCGUCGAUCUGUGCUUGUGCUUAAUUUCCCUUUGUCACUGAGGGAAACUUGUUUACUCGCUGUGCUACCAUAGAGGGACUUGUCUUUGCUGGAAGGGAAUAGUGUAGAACAACAUUUGCAGGUGUAUAUAUUUUCUUGAUAAGUAUUUCCAGGUAUGUUUUGAUUCUACCUUUGAUCACCCUUCCAAUUAUGUUGUUCUUGAAGUUUAUCUACUGGCUCAGAAGCAAGCCUUUCCCUCUAUAUUGCAAAUUUACAUAGUACAUUCGACGGGUUUUCCUUUUAUAUUUUCUCUCAUUGUACAUUCGACGUUAUAAAAUGAAUUAUUUGGUUUCUCUGAUUGCAAUUAGAAGCAAGCGGGUCUGGAACCCGAUUCGUUUUGGUGAAAUUGGUGGUAGCAGAUCAUGGUUGUGUGUGGUGGACAGUGAAAGCCUCCAGGACACAUGUCCGGCAUCAACAUCGGAGCAACAAACCAUCUUCAUAAACGGACUCCCGUGUAAAAACCCUGCCACCGUCACAGCCUCCGAUUUCAAGUCUACAAAGCUGAACCAACCGGGCGAUACUGACAACCUUGAACGCUCAUUCACUGCCAUCUUAUCUGCCUUGGAAUUUCCGGGACUCAACACCCUUGGCCUAGCUGUUGCCAGGACCGACCUAGAGGUGGACGGUCUAGUCAUGCCGCAUUCUCACCCCCGAGCCUCCGAGAUUUUCUACGUUAGCAAAGGCAUUGUGAUUGCUGGAUUCAUCGAUACCCAAAAUCAGUUAUUCCAAAGGACUCUCAAAGAGGGGGACGUAUUUGUGUUUCCCAGGGGACUCCUGCACUUCUGUUUGAAUUCAGGUUUCGAAUCUGCCGUCGGGUUUUCCGUGCUUAAUAGCCAGAAUCCUGGGCUGGUGAGCAUCUCUGGUGCCAUGUUCGGUUCAGAGGUGAUGAAAUUGUUGAAGCUGAGAUUGAUUUCUAUUGCUAAACUGGAGGUGGACAGGGCUGAAAAUGUGACUCUUUUUGGGGAUUUGGCCGCUACUAUGACUUGAAGAAUAUUUGGUCGUCAAUUUGUUAACUGAUGUAUUGGCAUCCUAUUUAUUUUGUGUCUUGGGGAGUCAUUUUCGAGUUUAGUAUUUAGUUCCCCUGCUGCUAUGCAGUUCUUCCGAAUCUCGAAAUAGUGAAUGGAAAUGGAAGACGAAAGAAAAGUUAUUAAA